UUGAAAUCCAUCACCGCCUUAUCUCAUAACAAUCAAUCACUGAAAUGGCAAAUGCUUUGAAGAGUGGCACUUUUAUGCUUUCACUUUCUUCCUUAUGGAGCACUACAGCUACAACUAGAACAACAACCCAUUGUUCCCUUCUUUCAAAUGCCACGCGUUUUCGUUCCAAGUUCCGUUUUUUCUCCCUCUCAUCAUCAUCUUGCACAAGAACCUCAUCUGGGUUUCCUUCACUUUGCACAGUUUCUUCUUCUUCUUCUUCUUCUUCCACAGAUGAGGCUGAGGCAGUAACGAAAACCAUAACUGGCAAUGGUAAUGGUGAAACUGAAAUCAGUAUUAAGGAUGCAGCGUGUUUGCUUGACAUGAGAGUUGGACGCAUUUUGAGGGCAUGGAAACACGAUGAGGCUGAUUCUCUUUAUGUGGAAGAGGUUGAUAUUGGUGAGCCUGAACCCAGAAUCAUAUGUAGCGGCCUUGUCAACUAUAUCCCUCUUGAACACCUUCAGGGCAAAAAGGUUAUUGUUCUCUCCAAUCUGAAGCCAAGGAAUAUGCGUGGUGUUAAGUCUUGCGGGAUGCUGAUGGCUGCUUCUGAUGAAAAGCAUGAGAAUGUUGAACUUCUGUUCCCUCCUGAGGAAGCAAACCCUGGCGAAAGAAUAUGGUUUGGAUCAGAAGAUGAAAAGGAUAAUCAACCUGCCGCUGCCACUCCGAAUCAGAUACAAAAGAAAAAGAUAUGGGAAUUGGUGCAGCCUCAUCUUAAGACCGAUGAUUCUUGUGUAGCGAUGCUAGGAGUGCAUGUCAUGCGUACAUCUGUGGGUUCAGUGGCAUGCCAGUCAUUGCGGAAUGCAAAUAUCUCCUGAUCAACACUGUCUAUUUCUUACUCUACACAACCGUUCUGCCACUGCCUAUCCAUCCGUAUACAAUUAUUCUGCUUCAUAAUGUAGUUUUUGGCUAAUGUGUGGAGGUUUGUUUUAUGGGAAUAACAUCUGUCAUUUUAAAGGAUAUAAGUUUAUAUCAUUUUAGAUCUUAACCGUUGAUUUCCGUCCAUCAACAGUUAUAAUUUAUUGGAUCAAAAUUAUUAAUUAAUUAAUAAUAUAUUUGGCCCAUUAAGUUUGCCCAAUAGAUUAUAACCAUUGAUGGACAGAAAUCAACGGUUAGGAUCUAAAAUGAUGUAACCUUAUAUCCUUUAAAAUGAUAGAUGCUUUUCCGUUUUUUAUAUGUACUUUGAUUUUAAUUUUUUUUAAUGAUUUUAAUUGGUAUUUUAGCUGUUUCACUUGGAAAUAAUAAUUUGAACAUAGCAAAAAUAUCCUGCCUUGGAGGCAAAUGGUUUAAUCUCUAGUCUCUAAAUCAAUAAAUACCCUGCCGCGGAGGCUGAGAGCUGGCAAUUUUCUUUUAAUAUGAGGGUUGCACUUGCACACAAUGCUAUGUCCCUAUGCUAAGUCAAGCCAAUCUUGUUCGUUAGGGGAUAACCAAGUGAUAAAGUAUGUCCUCAACCGCGAGACAAUUGAAGAAUAGCUGACAAAAAAGCUUAAGUGAUUGGUUUUGGCUGCGGCUAAAGAUUAUCUGCUGUUGUUGCUGAAAACCGAUUGAUUGUGUUGAGGGGAAAAUAUCUUUUGGGAGUAUUA